AUUUCACUGAAAAAAAUAUCUUCUGGAUCUUUUUCACUCAAAACUUUUAUUAUUGGUGUUAUAUAAAGGCACUGUUCAAAAGUUGUUAUUUUUAAACUUGAACAGAAACACAAAAUCAGAAGAUUGAAACAGAAGAUGAAGAUAUUUGAAUCUCAACAAUCUUUUAAUUAUUCAUGGAACUUGGUUUCCUUUGCCAAUUGGAAGAAGUACCCCAAUAAUAAAUCUGCUCAUGUGGUUGCAGUUGAUGUUUUGAGAAGAGAAGUAGAUCCUCAAACUGGUAUUCUAAGAACUGAAAGAUUGAUAACAUGCCAGCAGCAAAUUCCUUCAUGGCUACUAGUUUUAGUUGGUGGAAAAGACAAGUCUUAUGUCAGAGAGAUUUCUGAAAUCGACCCAAAAAAUCAAAAAUUAACCAUGAGGUCAAUUAAUUUGACAAUGAAUAAAGUAUUAUCAGUUUACGAAACUGUUAUUUAUAAACCUGAUCCUAUUCAACCUUUAACCAAAACAAUUUUUUUACAAGAAGCACAAAUCACAGCAUAUGCUUCAUUUAAAAAAUUGUGCAAUAAAAUUGAGGAUUGGAGUGUUGAAAGGUUUGAUUCCAAUUCCAAAUUGGGUAAAGCAGGAUUUGAUGAAAUUCUCAAACAGGUAGCUAAUAUUAAACCUAAUCCCGCUAAAUUAUAAUAAGAUGUACCAAAAUGCUUUCUGUUAUUAUAUUCUCUAUUUUCAAAUCAAAGAUUAGAACUUAAUUUUAAAUUUUUGUUGUUUUUGCAUUUAAUCAAAAGCCCUUUUAUUUUUUUUCUGUGUUUUUUCUCUGGCUUAUUCGUUUUCAAUUUGUUCUUUUUUGAUCGGUCGCUCAUGAUUUCG